UCAGCUUCUUUUGCCUCCAUCCCCCGCGUGGCUUUUUUUUUUUUGGACUUAAGAUAAAUUGGGGCCGAGGAUGCCAAAAUGUUGGACAUGAUCCAAAAUGCAAUCACCCAGGCGGGCAAGAACCUGUUCAUAACCCUUCCCAAGCUCACUUCCGAAGAUGUUGUUAAUAUUUGGGACGCCGUUUCUGAGUUUGUUGAGAAGCAGCUAUCGAUGAAAAAGGGUGUCCAAAUUCCUGGCCUUGGGACGUUCUCCUUCCUUAGAGAGAAACUGCACGUUGGCAGCAACAAACCCAUCUUCCUUCAGCGGCCUGUCUUCCUUUUUUCGGAGAAACUCGCCCAGAUCCACGGACUAAAAUUCAACAAAAUACGCAUUCCGGGUGAUAUCCCAAUUGUCCAGCUGAAUUUCAUUGUGUUGUCCCUGGACAGCCCCUUCAACAGGGACAUGGUAGAAGGAUGCGUCCGAGAAACCCUCAUGUCUUUCUCGAGGUCCAUUGCCACCAAACAGACAGUCGAGUUCACUUUCAAAGGGAUCGGCGUCCUGAUCGUCCGAGAUAACAAGGUGAAAAUGAAGUUUUAUAAAGAUUUUCUUCACACCAUGGAUGGAAGCGGGACACUCUUAAAAGCCCUGACAAAUAGGCCAGGAACUGUGGACUCUGUAUUGUCAUCCAGAGACACAUCCACUCCACCAUUUCCCCCUCCCAACACUGCAGUGUUUCCAAGGUUUGAAAUCAAAGAAAUGGAAACCAUUGCUGAAGAAGGAGAAAAGUCAAGCAAAGAGCAGGAGCAGCUGGACAAAGAGAGCUCUAAAAAAGAAAAUAUGAUCUCCAAACGCUUUCUCUCCCGUCAAGCAAUUUUUCCAGCCAAAGUGACCGGGAUAAGUUUGACUGAUGAACUCGAGAAAAACCUGAAGCCCAAACCACCACCUUCUUCAAAGCAACCAACACCCAUCCCGGAUGCCUUGAAGAUAGAACAGGAAGUGAGCCGUAUCCAAACUCCUGCCCCCAGAUCGCAGACUUCAUCCCCAAUUUGUGAUGAGCAUGGUAGGGCAGGACAGGAGAUGUGCUAUCUAUGCAUGCAGCGUGCUCAGAGGAAUAUUCCUGUCUACUUGGGUGAGGAAAAAAGAAGGAAGGAAAAAAUAGAAGACUGCAUCCUGGCCCAGUAUCAAGCCAUAAAAGAUCACGAAGCCCUUCAGAAAGAACUGGCGAAAAUGGCAGCAUCCCGGGAGCAGAACCAGAAAGUGGCAUCUUAUAACUUGGGCGUAGCGGAAGCCAUGCGAAAGCAGAAGAACGAAAAGCUGGCUGAGCCUUUUAGGUCCUACAUUUUUGAGAAGAGGCCGUCCAGUUCUACCCCUCAUGAGAAGCAAGAGGAAUAUGCCCAGCACUUGGACAAACAGCUGGAGAGCAGAAAAGCCAGAGAAGCAAAGCAGAAACAGGAACAAGAUUUCAUUGACCGCUUGCAGCAAGUUCAACUGGCAGAAGAAUUAGCUGCCCAAAGAGCAAAGUAUCUAAGAGAGAAGCUGGAAGAAAAUCAAAUUUAUAAGACGGCCCUUGAUACCCAGAUAAAAUUAAGGCCAGCUCCCUUGCCUGAAUUCGUGCCUGAUUCAACGGAGAUCAUUUUUGGGAAGAACGACAUGAAUGAAGAGAAAAUGGAGGAGAGAAGGAAGCGGGCUCGGGAAUAUUCCAAGUAUCAGUUGCAGGCAGUGGCAGAUCGUAAGAGGACUGCCAUUCUUAAUGAGCUGGUGGAUCAGAGGAGAGCUGCAGACAUGUUCCAAAGAGCUAAGAAACAGUGGAUGAUGGAGAAGUGUGAGCGAAUGGAGAGGCUCUUCCAGAUGAACUUGGCUAUUCAAGAAGACUGGCGGAAAAGCGCGGGGCUGAAGCGACAGCGAGAUUACGAGGAGAAGCUCUUCCAGCGGGCGGGAGACAAACUUAUGCUCCUGGACCAGUGUGCAAGAUAUCGUCGUUGUUACCAGUGCAAGAAAGGCCUGAACAAAUUUGGGGAAAACAAGAUAUGGACAGACAGUAAAUAUAUCCCUGGAUCUCGGUUAAUCAUUUGAAGCAGGAACAUUUGUUUAAGCCUUCCUUUUCUUCUUAUGAGUGCUUUUGAAAUUGGUUUUUUUUUUAAAAAAGAAAAAAAAAGAAAAGAGAAUCGGAUUGUAUGAACGUGCUUAUGAUUUGAUUCUUGUAGCCUUGUGAUAUAAAUUUUAGAUUUUUUUUUCUUUUCUGGUGACAAGAAUAUGUUUUUCCCGCAUUAAAGAUAUAUAUGUAUGAAUGUGUAUUAUGGAAUACCCUUCCCUCAUCUACCCACCCCCACAUUCCAUAAAACACGAAUUACUUAUUACUUUUUUAGAAUGGGGGGUGGAUUGAUCUUUUCAGGCAGGAAUGCGACGGUGGCACAUUUGAUUUACAGAAACUGACUGCCUUUUUGUAUGUUUGUGCAGGGGUGAGAUUCAGCCGAUUCGGGCCAACUGGAUGCAAAUUUGCCAAUGCAAAUUUGGACCAGGAGCAAAUUACCUAUCUGGGGAGAAGGCAAUGAUGGUUAACCUUUUUCUAAAGGUGCACCAAAAUUGUGUGCCCAUCCACCUGCACAUGUGUGCAUGCCCCCCAUCUGUGCAUACACGAGCAAUCCCCCCACAUGCGCACGUGGCCCCCUGCAUGGGGUGGGGGAUUUUCAUCGUCCAUAGGCUCCAGAGGCUUUCCUGAAUCCUGGGGAGUGUGAAAAUAGCCUCUCCUGGCCCUCCAGGGGGUUGGGGGUGGCUGUUUUCACCCCCCUUCAGGAAAGCCUCCAGAGCCUGGGGAGGGUGAAAAAUGGCCCAACGGGAAGUUCGGGAAUGCUCCUGGCUUAGCCAUUCUUCCACACAUUUGCUGAGCCCUUAAAGGAGGGGUGUCAAAAUCAAUUGCAUUGAGGGCUGCAUCAGGGUUGUGUUUGAACUCAGGGAGCCAGGGUGGGCAUGGCUGGAGUGGGUAUGGACAGCUCGACGUCACCGCAAUGGCCUCCUGCAGCCCUCUGCCAGUGAAAAUGGAGCCUGGGGAGGUCCAUUGUGGGCUCCAUUUACGGGCUCAAUGUUUGCGGGCAGAGGGCUGCAGGAAGCUGUCAAGGAUGAAAACGGAGCUCAGGCGGGUCACGCGUGGCCAUCUCCGGACUCCAUUUUCACUGGCAGAGGGCUGCAGGUGAUUUCUGCCAACAAAAACAGAGCCUGGGCAGGCCGCCUGCAGCCCCAACCUCUGUUUUCACUGGCACUGAAAGCCAGUCCUUAGCUUUCUAUGGUGGCCCCACGGGCCAAAUCUAAGCACCCCAUGGUCUUGAGUUUGAUACUCUGUUGUAUAAACUGGAGAUACAUCUCUACGCAGCCUUUUGAAAACCUCUGAGUCUGUCCCCCUCCAAUGACUGAGUUACUUUAAUGAGAUUUAAAGUAGAUGCUUUCAUUAGAUUUCACCGUGACCUGACAAAAGGGCGAACGUCAAAACCGCGCCCGACUAAACCGCAUCGCUGACAUCAUCAACAGGGCAACAACAGCCAGCGCGGAGAAAGAAGGGCGCUUUACAAUAGCGUGUCGAAAGAAAGGCGACUUAACUUAAGGUAAGGGUUAGGUUUAGGGUUAGGUUUAGG